AUGCUAAUGAAUGGCGGACGGGACCGCAGAAUUUGGUGCCUGGACCGAUCGGGAACAUUUUGGGAGACUGAAGUUCCUCUUUACAAUGAUGAUGAAUUCAAAAGGAACUUCCGUGUGUCUCGUUCAACUCUAGAUUUUCUUGUAGAACGCUUGCAUGAGGACCUUGUUCGCCAAUACACACAUUUUCGAGAUCCAAUUUCCGUUCCGAAGAGAAUUGCUGUAGCCCUAUAUUCAUUGGGAUCUUCUGCGGAAUACCGAACGAUAGCUAAUCUCUUCGGUAUUGGGGAGAGCACUGUCGGACAAAUUCUCUUGGAGUUUUGUCAUCUUAUAAAAGAGGUUUUUGAACCACAAUUUAUCAAUUUUUAUCCUCCAACCGAGGAUAAAAUCAUUGAGAUGAGAUCUGGAUUUGAAGUAGUUUGGGGAUUUCCUCAAUGCUAUGGUGCGAUAGAUGGGUGCCAUAUAGAGAUUAAAGUAAAUGAUGAGGACAAAGUAGAUUACCAUAAUUAUAAAGGAUGGUAUUCAAUUGUUCUCUUGGCGGCAGUUGACUAUCGGUACAGAUUCACUUAUGUGAAUAUUGGUUCGCCAGGGAGAAAUAAUGAUUCCCACAUCUUCGAAAGGUCAAUCAUUCGACGACUGCAUAAUGAAGAUGAGACAUUUCAAAGGUUCUUCAAAGUUAUUCAAGGAGUCCAGGUGCCAAUUUUACUUUUGGGUGAUUCUGCUUUCCGUUUGGACAGGUUUCUCAUGAAACCCUAUCCCCAUGACAAUCUCACUCCAAAAGAAAAGCACUUUAAUUAUAUGCUGUCCAGAGCGCGAAGAGUGACCGAGAAUGCAUUUGGCCAGCUCAAAAAUCGUUUUCGAAGGAUUGGUAAUGGUCUCAAACUAAUGCUGGAAAAUGAUUCAAUAGUUAUCAGGGCUUCGUGUAUCCUUCAUAAUAUUUUAAAUGAAAAGAAUGAUUAUUUGAAUGAGGAAUUUGAUGUGGCUAGUUCUGAACAAUUGGAGAACCGAGAACAGCCUGUCCAUGUCACAAUGCGAGCCCCAACAGGUGAUGGAAUAACUGUCCGCAAUACAAUUGCUGAUUACCUUUGGGCCCGGGAUAGACGUCUGGAUGAAAAUAAUGAAUAAAAUUUACUUACUGUACUUCAAUAUAUUUUAUUAUUGUCACCGAUAUCGUUUACAGGAUGUUUUUUUUUGUAAUUAAUCAAUUUUUAUUCAGGAAAUAGUCUCGCAAGUAAUUUCUCAUUAAAUGCGAUCUGUUGCUGGGCAAUCCUAUUGGAUUCCUCCAUGUGUGCAUUUGCGAUUUCAUCGUUUCUUUCUGCUGCUUCAUUGGAACGUUUUAUCUCUUGCAACACUUCCUCUUGAACGUUUAUUAGCUUUCUUUUGCGAGGUCGACGUGGAUUUGGGUGUCCCUGGGCCUGGAUUGAUGAACUGGCUAUUUCCUCUUCAUUUCCAGCCAAUGAAUCACUCAAGGACAUGAUGAUAUUACCUUCGUCUACCAGAUUUUCAUCAUUUACUGGAAGAUUUCCAAUAAGACUGUUCAUUUCUUCGUAGAAAGCCCAAGUGGAUGGAGAUCCCCCGGAAGUGCCUACUUUCCUCUUCUCUUCUCUGAAAACAAGGCACGCAAAUCUCAAAUGAGUAUUAUGAUAAUAUUUCAUCAAUUUUAUGAACUAAAGUACUUGCCUAUAUCGAGCAAUCAUAUUUUUUAUUUUAGUUUUCACUUCAUUCUCAGUCUUAUUGACACCAUUUUUCUUGAGUUCUUCAGACAUCGCUUGAUGGACUUUUCGAUGCCUUUUCUGUCUGCGGAGGUCGUAAUGAUGAUCCCUCCAUAUGGAGAUAAACAUCCUGACCUCCCCGUCACUCCAAUCUUUCCGUGAUUUGGGAUUUUGCGAUAAUUGACUUUCACCACCCUCCAUAUUUUUUGUAACAAUUGACAUUUCGAAAAGUACCCAAAAACACCCAAAGUGAAGCUUUUUAUUUUCAACACUGGCGCUGAUGUCGCCUAAUCCUCGUAAUUUUACUAGACCUCACGAAUUUAGAAGAUCAGCCUGAUCCUCCAAAUUAUGGGCUGAUCCGUGAGUGUAUUGACACCAAUCCUCUUUUUUCGAGCUGAUCCCUAAGUCGAUCCCUGUGUCUAUUUUGGGCUUUAGAGCUAGUCCUGGCGAACAUUUCGCCAAAACAUACUUAUGACCGAAAAAUUCGCCAUUUUGAAUUAUUGAAGGUCAAAGGUCAACUUCUUUGGAAGGCUCAUUUUUCAACCGAUUUGGUUAAAUUUGGAUUUUUUGGAAAGAUAUUGCAAAUUAGAAUCCGGCUGCAUCGGUUUUCAUCGGUAAUGAAUCGGUUAAGUACCGAUUUUUUGAUUUCCAAAUGCUUUUGUGAUUUAUGAAUCAAUUUGAUCUCUAGUAGAUCAGUGAUUCCAAAAGAUUAUGCAAAAAAACUAAUUCACAGUGAGCUCUGUCUCGUGAGUUCGAGCAUUCCGCAAAGCUGGGAUGCUUUGCCACUCUCUUUUUGAAUGCAAUGCAUUUGCCCUACAAAAGAAAUUAAAAGAAAACGUAUUAUUAUUAUUGUUCUGGAAAUGAUUUUUUUAUUUUUAUUUUGUUUUUUUUUUUUUUUACAAUUUCCAGUUAUAGCAUCAACUUUUUUACUCGUAAAAACAAUUUUUACAAGAGUUUUUUUAAUUAAAUAUUAAUUUACUGAUAUUUUCAGUUUAUUUGGCAAAUUUGAAUUAAAUUCUUGCAUUUUAAUUCAAAUUCCUAAUUUAUUUAUGUGCGUUUUAUUUUCUCUAAAAAUUUUUAGUCUUUUUCUCUUUUAUUUAGUCUUUUUUUCUUUUUAGGAAAUUAUAAUAGCUCCAGUCUAGUCCCCGGCGAGUGGACUUCAAAGUUGAAGCCAAUUUCUCACUUUCACAUACAAAAGCGUAUGAGAACUUUUCUGCACUCGUGAUCGUUAUGCUAAAUAUUUAAAAAGUGAGAAGUUUUUCCGUAUUAUAAGAUACCUUUCCGUAUGGAGGGAUAAAUAUACUAAAUAUUUGUUUAAAUAAAUUUUUUCCUUGGAGCACUGUGAGCUGAGUCCGAGAUCAAUUUAAGAAUUGACUUCAAAUAGCUCCACAUGAAACAGCCAACUUGCCAGGCGCUUGGCUCCAAUACACAUUUUAGAUCGCGAAAAUUCCAUGAAAUCAAAAUAAAACGUAGACGCCUUUUAAGAGAAUAAAAUUACAAUUCAGAUUUAAAAAAAAAAAUAGCAAAAAAAUAUCUUAGCCUCUUCCCGAAAUAGAGCACUUUAAAAUUUUUGUCAAGAAUCACGAGUGAGAUAUGAAGCGCGUCACGCCAUCUUUGAGACUGUGUAUCUUGGGUUAAGAAAUUUUCCGAUGGUAAAGAAAAAUACGUAUAUAUUUAUUAAACUUAUGCAAUUUAAGAAAAAAGUAUGAAAAUACCAUGGAUUACCUAAACUUGAAAAGAAGAGUCAAAAUGUGUGAAAUAAUGAGGGUUUUCUCUAGUUGGAUGGGUGCUCGUUUUUCGUUUGAACCUCAAUUUCGAGGCUAAAAAAUAAUCUAAGCAAAAAGUUGUAUAUGAACAAAAAUGUAGCUAAUGAAAUUCUCUAUCAAACCCAUAAAACAGAUUGUUAAGGACAGUCCUAGUUUUCGAGAUAUUUUUGAUCAAAGUUGCUAAAAAGUUCAAUUUUUCCUGGUUUUCUGACAUUUAUGAGACUACAACGCCCCUGGUGUCAGUUGUACGAACUUCAUCUGUCUAAAGGAUUAUCAGGCAUGUAAAGGAGACCAAAUUAUUCCAUAGUGAGAAAUAAAUCGGUUCAGCAGAAUCGGAGAUAUAGGCACCCAAGUAUCACAAAACGGCAAAAACGGUUUUGCCUAGAUUCCAGGCGCAAAACCAAAAUGAAAUCAAAAUGAUAAGUAUUUUCGUAAAUCAUUUGACCCUAGCAAUAGAAAAAUAGCAUGAGAACCCAGGGACAAAAUCAUCAUUGCACAGUUUUAUUGAGCUCUGUCUGUUCAGAAGUUUAUCAAAGGACUCCAUCAAUCCAGGGACCUCUUGACAUUCAAUUUUUCCAUACGUUUUUGCACAGAGAGAUACUGAAGACUAUUCGCAAGUUUUUUCCUAAAGAGAAUUUACUUAUCAGUCUGAUAUAUUUCGAAAAUGUGCAUUAAAAGCUACCUGAAAAUACAUAUUUAAUCAUGCUCGCCGAAAAAAUACGAAAACUACGAGGAAAUUUGUUUAAGUCUCGGUGCAAUAGAUGCAAAAUUUUUACAAGGAGAACUGAGAAAUAGCUUCACUUUUUAUUUGGCUUGAUGGACCCCUGACCAAUCGCUCCAGGAUGCCAUUCUUAUCGAAAACCAGAUACUCCUGCUUCUUGUCCUCACAGGAUGAAGUUCAUGGCGUAUAUGGGUUUAUACCUUGACUCCAUACGUUCCCGCGUUUUUUAUGAACUGUCGCCAGUUUGUAUUCAUCAUCGAACCAGUCGAUCCGAUCCUUCUUUCGACUGUGACUAAGGAUAGUGGUAGCCGUGGUAGCCUUUUCAAUCGUUCAUUGGCAUUAUGUCUCCAGGGAUAUCAGAUAACACGUCUAUCAAUGGCGUCCAGAUCAGUUUUAACCGAUGAAAUGGCUCACUGAUUAGCAAUUUUACUCAAAUGGCCAGGUAAAAUCUAAAAUUUUGUCCAUUUUGGAUGAUUUUUGAAAGAUUCCUUUCUGAACGGGAUGUACAAGUUGGAUCAAUCUUUUCUUACUCAUCCUACGGACUUAUUGACUGACCUGUUAGUUCAUCAGGUUCAAGAAAACAAGAAUUUUGAAGUCUUAAUUACAGUGCCCGCUUCGUAAUCCGGAUGAUUUUUUUGAAUUUGUUCAACGUCUCGAAAAUAUAAUACAAGGUUUUUUUUUCUAGAAUUAGAAUAAAAGUUUUAAAGAAGCUUAAAAAAGACAUAAUUAGAGAAUUUUAUGCUAUUAUACUUCAUUCAUUAGACAAAAACAUGAAAGGAUAAUUCGUUUUCAUUGCUGUAUACUCGUGCAUAUAUAAUCUCAAAAUGAUUUUAAAUGUAACCGUCGAUAACUCGUCCGGAUUACGGCGAUCCGGAUUAGAGAGCGAGCACUGUAUUUCUUAAUAUUCUUUAUUUUGUUAAAUUUCGCUCUCAAAAUUGAAUAUCAAUUUUUCUCAUAAUUUCCUUUUAUUUGAUUAAUAUUUUGUACAAUGUAAAUAAGUCCAAAUAGAAAUAAUAAAGAAAAGCCGAAGGAUUAAUUGGUCAUUUUAGUAGCAUUAUUUAGCUAAAUAAACAUUUAAAUGUAGCCUCCAUCGUAAAGAGAAUCCGCCUAAAACCUUCAAAAAAAAAGAAAUCGACACAAAGCAAUAACAGAGUGGAAUUUAGGGAGGUUAGAAUUUCAUUUUCUAAAGUAAAAGAAUAAAAAAAAAACGUGAAAAAAGAUAAUUAAAAUAGCAAACAAGAAAAAAGAGUAAAUUAUGAAAUGGAAACAAUCACGAAAUGCUGAUAGAGCAUUUUUGGUUGCAAGAAAAAAAUUAAUAAUAAUAAUAUAAUUUCUAAAAAAAAAAAAGAAAAAAUAAAUAAAUAAAUCACUUCUUUUCUCCCUCAAAGAAAUUAAUGCAAGAAAAAAAAGCUCAAAUUGAGAAAAUACAUUUUUAAAAAGAAAAUGUAUAAGGGCGAUUUUAAGAAGAAAAAAAAAUAACAAUAAAAUAUACGAAUUGAGGGAGAAAGUAAUUUUGAUGAAGAUGAAGAAAUACAAGUAAUUAUUGAGAAAAAAAAAAGAAAAAAAAUAUAUUGUAUACAUAUCCCAAAUGAUAGGUUUAACAAGUGAAAAAGUAAAGAAAAAAACCGAUGUAGAUGUUUAAGGAAAAAUAUUCAAAAAAAAAAAAACAAGAUAUAAAAAAAACCAGCAGACUUCAGUUUCGAAGAAUAAAUCAAAAAGUGUAACAAAAAAAAAGAGAUAAAAGAAAAAACAAUUAAAAUAGAAUUUUUUUCAGAGAAAAAAUAAAUUUAAAAAAAAAACUAAAUAAAAAAACACCCAAAAUAUUACUUUAAAUGACGUCAUAUUUGUAAUUUGUCAUCCCAACGAUGUAAUUUUGAAAAAGUGAAGAAUAUAAAAUUAAACAAAAAAGAAAGAAAAAAAAACAUUAAUAAAAUAAAAUACGAACUGAGAUUUUGACAAAGAGCCCAAAAGAAAAAUAAAAAUAAAUAAAAAAAAACAAAA